GACGUGUGUGGCAUGGGGUUUUACACGAAGAGUAAUUAUCAGGAACAUCAAACUAUACAUAGCAGAGAAAAACCGUUCCAAUGUCAGAUAUGUCAAGCUUCGUUCAGGUAUCGACAAGGGCUGAGGCUUCACGCUAAGCUUCACCAGCCUGACUAUGUUCCUCCUCAGAAAAAACAUCACUGCGAGCUAUGCAAUAAACGAUUCUCUCGAAAACAGGUCCUCCUUGUUCAUAUGAAGACUCACAGCACCGGUGCAGUACAGAGCGAGUUUGUAUGCCAUAUAUGCGGUAAGGCUGUAUCGAGUAAAACAUACCUUACUGUGCAUGUAAGAAAACAUACGGGGGAAAAGCCCCAUGUAUGCGAUUUGUGCAACAAGGGUUUUAUAUCACAAAAUUAUUUGAGCGUCCAUAGGCGAACUCACACCGGCGAGCGCCCUCACGAGUGUACCCAUUGCGGUAAACGGUUUACGCAAAGAACAACCCUUGUUGUCCACCUUAGGGGUCACACAGGGGAUCGUCCCUAUCCUUGCAAUAUCUGCCAAAAGUCGUUUGCCUCAAAGACAAUGCUCAAUUCCCAUCUUAAAACUCAUGCUAAACAGAAUGCACGUGCCCAGCAAGAGCAGCAGAGAACCGAUUCAUCCGACAAUAUUAUGAUGCACAAUUGAACAGGAUUGUCAUAUUUAUACGGCUGCAUCGACUCCUUUCAUUACACCCUUGCCAGAGGAGCGAUCAUGGAAACCAUGUGUCCGGCUUAUAUUCUUUCCAUUAUAUCAUAGUGAGAGCAAGGGGGAUGCACGGGUGCUGGAUUAUAAUUGAAUACAAU